AUAUUUUACUUAUGUGUGUGUUCUUCUAAGAGAAAGGCUUGAAUUUAUUUCAGAAGUGGAGAUAAGCAGACGAUAUCUCCUCCACAAUUAUAAUCCUCUAAACCACCUCGGACAUAUAUAUAUAUAUAUUUGCCAAAGCAAACUAACUGGGUCUUCGGUAAACGCCAUCAUGGGCCCGCCAAAGGACCUGACACUCCUUCACGAAGGUUGGGCAGAGGGAAGCAGCCGAAUGAGCAGCAAAAUGGAAUCCUCGAAUACCUCGCUCUCGUCCACGGCCGAACUGGACAGCUCCAUUCGGACGCUGCUGAAUGUCGCCCAACACUCAGGCAUCACACGCUGGUGCAGCGGAAACCCACUCACCAAGUCCGGGAAGCGCAUCCAAACGGCAAAGAUGCUGGCCCUGACUUUGGUACCUAUCCUGGCACUCACAGUGAUCAGUAUAGUGGACCUGUGGGAGGUUUUCAGGGACAACAGAAUGAAGGCGGAAAUCAAAGACGUCAUUGUCUUUAGUACGCAGACCGGAACUCUGAUCCAUUAUCUGCAACGAGAACGAGACAUGACCGCCCUCCAUCUGAGCGCCCUCGGGACAGAGACCCGGAUGUUCCUGAAGGAGAGAUACCCCGACACCGACGAAGCUAUCGAAAAGCUUGAUUAUUGGCCAACAGAAUCUAACACCGCCAUGGCCGAAUUUGACAGUUUGUUCGAAUUCCAGAAAUACGUCAAGACCCAUCGUGAUAAUCUUGACCCCGAGAAGACAGACGCGUACAAGGAGGUCAAAUUCUACUCCUACGCCAUUUCCAUCUUCAUCGAUUGGAUGUAUUCAGCAAUCCAAGGGUCACAGGAUGGCGACACUUGGCGGACCCUGGUGGCUUACCAACUCCUCGUCAUCGCCAAGGAAGAUAUGGGCGUGGAGCGGACACUCGGCGGGAUCUUCUACAGCAAAGGCACAUUCGAUAGCUACAGCGACUAUCUCUGGUAUUUGGACAAACAUAGCGUCGGUAUAGGCAACUUUAAAGCUUCGACGAGAUUUUCCAGAGUAGUUGAGGACAUAUUUGAAGAAGAGAGAGCAAAGUAUAACAGCAAUUUCUCGACGCAUAUCAAUGACAUGCGCCAGGAGAUCUCGCGGAACAAUCUCACCGGGCGCACGCCCUCCUGGGAGAUGUCUACUUGGUGGUUUGACAACAUGACAAUCUAUAUUGACAUUAUGUUCGAGGUUCAAAAGAACUUAGCUAACAAGAUUAUCGCCCAAUUAGACGAGUCCCAGACCAGAGAUCUGCGAGACAUGACGGUUAGCCUGUGUCUAUUUGUCCUCGUCAUGAUCAUCUGCCCAAUUGUCAUCUUGUCCGUCAAAGCCAUCAUCAACGACAUACAGAAAUACGCUUUCUCUUUGGCGGAUCAGACCCGAGAAUUGAACAAAGAACGAAAACGCACCGAGACGCUCCUCUUCCAAAUGUUGCCCAAAACUGUUGCGGAGCAGUUGAAACGAAAUGAGCACGUCGCUGCCGAGGCCUUUAAUGAGAGCACUAUCUUCUUUUCGGAUAUUGUAGGAUUUACUCUCCUCAGUGCCGAGUGUACCCCCAUGCAGGUCAUUAACAUGUUGAAUUCACUCUAUACCUGUUUCGAUGCCAGAAUUGAGACCUAUGAUGUCUACAAAGUUGAAACCAUUGGUGAUUCUUACAUGGUAGUUUCUGGCGUUCCCCGGAGAAAUGGCCGUCGACACGUGUUCCAGAUCUGUACCAUGGCGCUGGACUUGCUGCACCACAUCAACCACAUUGAUAUCCCGCAUCUCCCUGGAACCAAGAUGAGACUUAGGGCUGGGGUCCACUCGGGGCCGUGUGUGGCCGGCGUAGUCGGCUCCAAGAUGCCCCGCUACUGCCUGUUCGGCGACACGGUGAACACAGCGUCUCGGAUGGAGUCGCAUGGCGUUUCUGAUAAGAUUCAUCUAAGUGAAGCUACAAGGAACCUGUUGUCGAUGGACCCUGGAUAUAUUGUCUCCAAAAGAGGAGAAGUCAAUAUAAAGGGCAAAGGCCUGAUGACUACAUGGUUCCUGGAUGACAAAGAAGGUUUUGCGGACUCUCUGCCGUGUAAGAACAAAUGUGGCAAAGCAGGUUAAGUGAAGUUAAUCCCGGGGUUGAGGCGACAUACUGACCAGUAGACUCAACCUUAAUGUACACGUACAUUCAGUCAAACUCUUCGUUGCUUUAUAUCAGUAUUGUGAUUAUAUUCCUUGUCCGCAAUCGUAUAUGAGAAAAUGUACACAUGUACACAAAAAUUAGAAUUAUUACUCAAAGAUAUAUGAUAAACAGCUACAGAAUGCUUAUUUCAAAGUAGGCCAGUGCCCUUACCCCUCCGUCCUUUUAUUACCGCAACCAAACUCUUGCUAUAAUGUUCUGUGUUUUAACUGUAUAGAUUUUACACUUCUCCGUAGAAGAGACAGCAUUGCGACUCGGUCAUGUCCUCCCACACCAUACGUGUUCCCCUCUUUUUGCUCACUUGACAACCAGCUUUUCCGAGAACACACUUUCAACCGUGACUAAGAUAAUAUCGGUCUUAUCUUUUAAUGAUUCGCCACGAUUUGAUUUUUUGUGUAGUGACAAUGUAUGAUUAUGCACAUAAUAUAUUUCUUCAUGACUUUAUAUUCCGUUGUCCACUUAACAUAAUUGGAAAUUGAAGUUUACAAUGCAUACACCAGUCCAUCUUCAGAAGUCGCACUUCUAGCACUUGACAAAAUGAACCAUCAUGUUUGUACAUGCAGACACUGUUAAUUAUAAGUCUGGUUAACUCAUCUACUGAUUGUACCUCGAUUCUUGUUGGUAUCAUUACAUUGGCAUGGUACUGGCAAGUACAAACGUACCGAAUCAGGCCCUGGGUAAACUACAUGUGUUUAUAUGUUGUUCUUGUUAAUCAUUGUGAAAUAAA